UAUUUUCUUUUUAGUUUUUGUUUGGACUUGUCUGAAACGCUGUAUUUUUAUAAAUAAUCUUACACAUUUUUGGAUAAAUCGGAAAAUGACAUAAAUUCUUUAAAAAGUGUGUGUUAUACCGAAAAAAACUGGAUUGCUUUCUUGUUGAAAGAUAAAAAAAAUGUAAAGUCAUUGACAAAAAAUGGAAUACAGUCAUUUUUAUUAUUUUAGAUAAUGUACGACACAUUAUUUGAUUGUUGUGAUUAAAUAUACUGUUUUUUUUUUUGGAGAGACUGUUUUUAAAUAACAAAAUAGCAAUUAUUCCUUCAAGUUUAAGUAGGUCCAUAAACUACAGGGUAAUUUUUCGCAUUAAGGGUGAUUUAUGUAUUAACCUUCUAACAAUUUAAUAGUUAUAUCAUAUAAUUUAUGAGAUUAUUUAGUAUUUCAUAGCUUAAAUUUACCAAUGUAUUUUUUCUCCUAAAUAUAUAUGACAAAACUAUUAUUUCCACAUUUAUCAUUAUAUAUUAGGAAGAUUUAAUGUUGACAUAUCGAGACAAUAGUCCGGGCGUGCCAAUACCGAAGGAUGCAAAAACAAUAAACGGGAAAAAAAGAUUUAUCUUCCGAAAAUAUAGUGUCGAAUAAGGUGAAAAACGUAAUCUAGCGUGUCCUCCACCGACUUGUAACUUGUGGUUAUUGGCAAUUAGGACAAUAAACCACAAGGAAGAAAGCAUGGCAGUUAAAUUUCUCUUGUUAACCAUGUUAUUGAUAUGUUGUUUCAACUGUUGCUUUGGACAAUGGUCUCUAAGAAACAAUCUAUUUGAGCAGAUGAAUAGAAUGCAGGAAAAUCUCAAUAGACUAGUUGCAAAUAUGAGAACCAACAUGCAGUCGAUGCAAGUACAAAUAGAUUUGGACAGGCAAUCAAUAAACAGGAGGAUAGCAAGACAACGACAGUUUCUUGUUCGAAAUAGUAACCAAAAUGCUGCCACCAAUGGUAACCAAAAUAUUCGAAUCAACAGAACUUAUAGAAAUGGCGGGCGGAGUUUCACAACUUCUAAUGGUGGGAGAGGAUAUGUUUACAAUUCUCCCGACGGAUCAGUCAAUAUAUUCUCAUACGAUUCGGGUCCUCAGUACAGCGGCAGCAUUUACCGUUCUGGUCCUGAUGGUACUUUCUUCCGACAGUGGUGAUGCUAGAUACGUUAUAGAAAUAAUAUUUUUGAUUAAAUGGCAUUGAUAUAUAUUUAUUACAUAUAUUAUCAAAGUGGACUAGAUUUCUGUGCUCACAUGAAAUGAUGUGGCGAUGUUGCAUCAGACUUAGUUAGACAUAAAAAUUUUAAUUUUUCUAGUUUGCUUGUUUGGUUUCUUGUCUUUAUUUUUUUUUAAAUGAUUGUAAGUUCUGUUUGAAUGAUUAACCUGUUCUUUGUGUAGAUACAAAAGUUUCAAGUGUAUAAUAAUAAAUGUAUAAAGUUAAAUAUCUACUGUCUUGAAAUUAGUGAAAAAGAAUACUUUCAAUAAUGUAUAGUUGUUAAGAGCAAAGAAUGCAUUUAGAAAUUCAUUGAAAAAACGGUUAAACGCUGGGUCUUGUGGGGAACGCCGCCAUUCCUUGUUGAUCUUGUUUAUCAUAUUCUACCAGCAGCAUAAUAUUUUAUUUCGGAACAGUCUAUUCUGUUUAUCACAAUAUCUAUGUGUGAUAAAUAACAAAAUAGAGAAAAAGAGGAUCCAUGAAGACAACCAUAAGCGGAAAAAUUAAAAAUAUUGCAGACUCAGUUUGAUUGAGCCUGUUCAUGUACAGUAGUAUAAUUGCAAGUCAACGUCCACGCCCCCUAGCACCGGCCCAAGCAAAACUCAUUUUAAAUGAUCUGUUAUUUUCUUUAACAUCCGCAGAUGUGUUCAUGUUGCGGUUUUCAUUCUGUGUUAGAACUAUUUCAAAAAUAGACUGUAAGAUUAUGGAAACUAUGGAUUUUAUAAAAGGAUAUCAGAUAUGUAGCUUUAUACUGUUUAAAUUACUUAAAAUUAUCACUUCUGUAUGCAAGGUUCUUCUGUAUCACUCUUCCGCAACAAUGUUACAUUGAUUUGUUUGGUAGAAAAGAAUCUUUUAUGAAUCAGGAUAAUCGCAGAUCAUAUUUCUUAAGACAAACAUGUUGAUCAGUAUCUUCAAACAUAUUGAUAUCAAUCAACGUUUCCGCAAAUUAAAAUGUCUUAUAUAAAUCAAGAUGUUAUCUCUGUGUUCUUUGAAGUACACAAUUAAGACAAUUAAUUAUGAAGAUGAUACAUAACUUUAGUUGUCAAACCAGAUAAAACAUUUAAUAAGUAAUGACCUUUACAUGAGGACACGAGAAGCGUAAGACUGUUUAUAAAAUUAAUGAUUAGUUCCUUUUUAUAUGUAUAUUAUUUUUGUGUUAUAAAAUUUGUUGAAAUAAA